GACGCUCUGAUCUUCAUCAUGAAGCAUGCACAGACUUUCUGCUUCAAGUGGAACGCCGUGAUUCUGUGCUCUGUGAGUCUGAUGAUUAACGGCGCAGAUAAGCAGCACUAAAGUCAAUAAGAGAGCGACCGGCGUCAUGGAGGAGAACGAGGAAGUGCAGAGAGACUGGAAAUCACUGGAGCCGAGUCACGAGGUGAAGAUCUUCCUCACGGUGCUGUACAGCCUCAUCCUCAUCCUCGGCAUCCUGGGAAACAGCGUCACCAUCCACGUGUCUCAGCGGCUGCAGCGCAGCGGAUACCUGCAGAAGACCGUGACGGAUCACAUGCUGAGUCUGGCCUGCUCUGACCUGCUGGUGCUGUUGAUCGGGAUGCCUGUGGAGCUCUACAGCGCCAUCUGGUUCCCCUUCUCGUCCUCGUCCGGCGACGCCGCCUGCAGGAUCUACAGCUUUCUGUUCGAGGCCUGCAGCUACGCCACCGUCCUCAACAUCGCCUCGCUGAGCUUCGAGCGCUACCUGGCCAUCUGCCACCCGUUCCGCUAUAAAGCGCUGUCGGGCCGGCGCUCCACGGCGCUGCUGCUGGGGGCCUGGAUCUGCUCAGUGCUCGUGGCUCUGCCACUGCUUGUGGCCACAGGAACCGAAGGCUUGGCCCCUGAGGGCCGGCAGGGGCCCGCACAGAACCUGACCUUCUGCACUAAUCUGAGCCAGCACUGGGUCAUGUACCGCACCAGCAUCUUCAUCGCAUUCGCGCUCUAUCUGAUUGUUCUGAGCGCCGUGGCCUUCAUGUGCAGAGCCAUGAUUGCUGUUCUGCGGGCCCGGAUGGGACCCAACGAGUCCGGAGCCAGCGGAGCUGCACACAGCAUUCCCAAACACGAGAGCGCCCGGCUGAAAGCGGCCCGUAAGCAGACCAUCCUCUUCCUCGUGCUGAUCGUCUGCGCUCUGCUCGUGUGCUGGAUGCCCAAUCAGAUCCGCAGGCUGAUGACGGCGGCGGUGCCCAAGUCAGCGUGGACCGUGAGUUACCUGCGCAGCUACGUGAAGCUUCAUCCAGUGGCCGACAGCUUCUUCUACCUGAGCUCGGUGCUGAACCCGCUGCUGUAUAACCUGUCCUCGCGCCAGUUCCGCUCGGCGUUCCGGCAGACGCUCCUGUGCCGUCUGUCGCUGCAGCACGCCAACAAAAGAGCACUGGAGAGCAGCCUGGCCUCCAAGAGCUCCAGAAACACAUCACGGCCCCUACAGCACCGAUCUCUGGGCCGCAUACGGGCCGUCACCGCCGACAGAUCCAUCGAUUCAUCGUCAGCAGAGAGACAAAGCCUUCCGAAACCCACUGACCGACCGCUGACCUCUGAACCACAGGAGGACGAGAUCAGCCAACCUACUGCACUACCUGACCCUAACUGAUGGACAAACCACUGGAGAACACUGCAGACCAUUGAAGACCACUGUAGAACACUUCAGACCACUGUAGACCACUGCAGAACACUUCAGACCACUGUAGACCACUGCAGAACACUAUAGAACACUGUAGAACACUUCAGACCACUGUAGACCACUUCAGACCACUGUAGAACACUUCAGAACACUGUAGAACAUUGUAGAACACUUCAGACCACUGUAGACCACUUCAGACCACUGUAGAACACUUCAGAACACUGUAGAACACUUCAGAACACUGUAGAACAUUGUAGAACACUUCAGACCACUGUAGACCACUUCAGACCACUGUAGAACACUUCAGAACACUGUACACCACUGUAGAACACUUCAGACCACUGUACACCACUGUAGACCACUUCAGACCACUGUAGACCACUUCAGACCACUGUAGAACACUUCAGACCACUGUAGACCACUGUAGACCACUGCAGAGCACUUCAGACCACUGUACACCACUGUAGAACACUUCAGACCACUGUAGAACACUUCAGACCACUGUAGACCACUGUAGACCACUGCAGAACACUUCAGACCACUGUAGAACACUUCAGAACACUGCAGACCACUGUAGAACACUUCAGACCACUGCAGACCACUGUAGAACACUGUAGAACACUUCAGACCAAUGUAGACCACUGCAGACCACUCUAGAACACUUCAGACCACUGCAGAACACUGUAGAACACUUCAGACCACUGUAGACCACUCUAGAACACUGCAGACCACUGUAGACCACUGCAGACCACUUCAGACCACUGUAGACCACUUCAGACCACUGUAGACCACUCUAGAACACUUCAGACCACUCUAGAACACUUCAGACCACUGUAGACCACUGCAGACCACUGUAGACCACUGCAGACCACUCUAGAACACUGCAGACCACUGCAGACCACUUCAGACCACUGCAGACCACUGUAGAACACUGUAGAACACUUCAGACCAAUGUAGACCACUGCAGACCACUCUAGAACACUGCAGACCACUGCAGACCACUCUAGAACACUGCAGACCACUGCAGACCACUCUAGAACACUGCAGACCACUGCAGACCACUGCAGACCACUGUAGAACACUGCAGACCACUGUAGAACACUUCAGAUCACUGUAGACCACUGCAGACUAAUUAAAUCCUAGACAUUAACUCGAGGGAAUCUGUGCUAAGUCUGUUUGUGUCAACAUCACUGACAUUCACAGUAUUUUAAUAAAGGGUUAUAGAGCAAAGAUGCUGAGCCUAACUAACCCGUGUUAACCAGCUAAACCGGUAAGUGAGGGGAGGUGAGAGCGCUCUCUGUGGACGAACUGAAGAGUCUCACACGAUGUAACACGAUGGGAGUUCAGCUCAAACUGUCUCAGCUGGACAUGAAGAAGCGCAGCAGCAUCAGAACUGAAUCAGGAUCUGAAUCUGAUCUCAUUCGCUGAGAUGCUUCUGGGCUCAUCAUGCAUCCUAUCUGGACGAGUUAGUGUUUGAAAAAGCCAAACUAUGACUUAUACC